UGCACCAACUCUUGUUCUCUUAACCAAAGAGCUUUACAAAUUAAUAAACUAAUUUAAUUUUUUACUAACCCCAAAAGUCCAAACAAAGCUUAACCUUAAAUUUUUCCAUUUUAGUAUUCUUUAAUCCUAGCACAAAUGUGGUAUCGAGAAUUCGAAUCUAGACCAGAGUAGUGGUUAAAUCAUGACCGUCGAUUUCAUCAAGAGAAACCUUAUAUAACAAACAGCUUCGUUAGCUGUUGUGCCAUAAUCUCGUCCCAUCCCCAUAAUAGCUUAUAAAUUUUCUCGAGAAUGUUUAUUGAAUCAGUGAUUAGAUUCUCUGAAUUCAUUGCCGAAUCCGUCAUCAUCGUCUCCGUCGUCGUCUUCUCUCUCCGUCUCUUCUUUAGAUUCGCUUGUUUCCUCGCCAGCCGACCUUGGCGUCGUUACCGUACAUUCACGGUCCAUCAUCGCCGGAGAUGGAGAAAAACCACGGCGGAGGAAAAACAUUCAUCACCGUACUGUACGAUUUGUCUCGAAUAUGCAACGGAAGGAGAAAAGAUGAGGAGGAUAUCGGCGUGCAAUCACUGUUUCCACGCUGAUUGUAUCGAUCCGUGGUUUGAGAAGAAGUCUACGUGUCCUUUGUGUAGAGCUGAGAUACCUCCGGUGCCGCCGGGAAAUCCUCUGGUGGCGCUUUUUGUGCCACCCUGCGUGAUUGAGAUGUUCACCAAAGGAAUCAUCUCCGACGCGUAGGACUUUAGCCUUCUCUAUCGUCAUCACAAACAAUAAGACAAAAUAUUUGUCGGUUGAAUAUUUUUCUUAUCAAAUAAUAUUUACUAUAUAAUUCGUCGAAUGAUAAAGAAUUUAUACAACAUGAAAUUUAGAUAAAACUCCAAUAUAUAUGUUGGUGACCAGAAAAAGAAGAACCUCCACCAUCUUAUGCAUUAGAGUCUAGAGAGUCGUCUAGAGAGUCAUAGGGUCUGAUUGGUGAAAACUAUAGAAGAAAUGAGUAGAAUUUUAAAGAA